AUGACGGUGAUAAAGAGGUACGAAAAUCCUCCUCGGACAGAGCAAGAAUGGGAACAUGCUCUUCGUCAUUAUGCAACAGAUAAUGAAAACGAAAAUGAAUCAACACAUCCUUGGCCUACUUCGGCAUACGCAAGCCCAACCAAUUUAUUGAUUUACACAGACGACACACUUGAUGCUUUUGACGAUCUUGGUUCUACUUCUCCUCCUGUGUCAAUACCAGUAUCGACUUCUAUUCCGAUAUAUAAGAAAGGUGAUGAGACGGGAAAAGUUUUUGAUGGGGAUGUCGAAGUUGGAAAUGAGAAAAAAGAGGUGAUGUGUAAAAUUGGAGAUACGGUACCGGCUUUGGAAGGGGAAGUACAUGCUCCAACCAUGUGUAAAGUCGGGGACACGGUACCGGCUUUGGAUGGACCUGUACAUGCUCCAACCAUGUGUAAAGUUGGGGAUACUGUGGAAGGUCCAGAGGGAAAGGCUUUGGCACCGGUAAUGUGUAAAGUUGGAGAUACCGUGGAAAGUCCAGAGGGGAAGCCGUUAGCCCCAGCAAUGUGCAAGAUAGGAGACACCGUACCACCCCUCGAAGGACCUGUACACUCACCUGUCAUGUGUAAAAUAGGGGAUUUAGUCAAUGGGCCAGAAGGUAAGGCGUUAGCCCCCGCAAUGUGUAAAGUGGGAGACACCGUUCCGCCCGUCGAUGGACCCGUACACGCCCCGGUCAUGUGCAAAAUAGGAGACACCGUACCGACACCCGAUGCCCCCGUCAACGCUCCCACCCAAAUGCUGAGAAUAGGUGACACCGUACCACCUCCUGACGCCUCUGCUCACGCUCCCAUAUCUUACAUUAUGCAAGAUUCAAACGCCUCUCCUUCCAUCCGAGACACCAACAAUAUCGCCCCACUCCAAACUAGCCCCAAUGAUCUCCCUCCACUUGGUCUACUAGAUUCCGAUGUCGACCGUCCUGGAGCCGAGGACAGAUAUCGGAUGCGACAAUUCUGGGAGAAGGAGGGUUGGCUUCCUGGUCCUCCACCGAGAAAAUACAUCAAAGCCAGGAGGAGAAAGGCUUUACGUCAUUUGGGGCUGACAGAAGAGGGAGACGCCCUCAAACAAGUAUUGGCAAAAUAUGCCGAUAUGGCAGGUAAAAUGUUUAACACCAAAGGUUCUUUCGUCCGAAUCAUCUACGACGAUGCUGAGAUUACCUAUGGACCAGAUCCAAACGAACCACCCACCGCAGCGGCUAUAGGAUCUACACUCUCCGCUCACGUUUUGCUUUGUCCCAAAGAAGAGGUACACGUCAUAGCAGACGUUUCAAAAGAUUGGCGACAUGCCAAGAACCCAUUCGUUGUCAAACAACAAUGCAGAUUCUACGCCGCCGUUCCUCUGAGAUAUCAUCUUCGUAAUCAAUUUGUCGACAUUGGAACACUUGCAAUCCAUGAUCCGGAACCUUGGGACAAUUUCGAUCAACGCGAAUCGGACAUGUUGCUCAAUCUUGCCAAUAUGCUCAUGUACCAACUCAUCACACUUCAAUCUGAAAUGUCUGCCAAAAGGUUGAGCUCGAUGUACCAAGAAUCAAUAAAUUAUCUCCGCCGUUCUGUCGUUCCGGAAUAUGCCAAACCUAAAAGGAAAGAAAAAUCCCACAAAAGCUCAAGCAUUAUCGCUCCUCGUGGCUUCGAACUUCCCCGAAAUCCUUGCGGAGAACCCAUGUCCCAUACAGCUAUCAAGACCGGACCCAAAGAUAGCCAAGCAGCCAAAAGAAAAAUGCAGCAAUCCGACAAGGAGCUUUACGCUGAUGCUGCCAACACUUUAAAGAACCUUCUUGAGGCUGAUCAUGUCGCCGUACUCUCCGCAGCCGAUUUCCAACUUUUCAUUCGUUGUGCCGGAUCCGACCCUUUGCCAAAAAAACGUGAAACGAAAGAACAACUGGUCGGUGAUUGGCUCAACGGAAAGCCAUGGCCUGCACAUGUUGAUCCUAUAAUUAUGCACGUUCCACGAAGCAGUGACCGAGGUUUACAGCUGCUCGGUCAAUCGGGUUCGGCACAAUUACAUCUAGACCAACCUGGUGUCGAGGGGACGUUUGCCGAUGUGAUCAAGGCUUCUUUGAAGUCGAGACGAUUCUGGUUUUACAGGGACGACGAAGAAGAUGACGAGCUCUCACACCGCGUAAUGGCUCUCGUUCCGGAUCAGGCCCAGAUAACCUUGGCGGUCUGCUGGCCCACUUACAACGGUGCUCUCAAAUUCCUUUCCUUCGUUUCGUGGAAUAAACCGCCUUCAAUGUUAGGUCAUACCGCUAAAGCCGUACCCUUUGCAUGGUUGUUGUCGAGUCUCACCAGUGGUGUCUUGGCAGUGAGAUCAAUUAGGAACAUGGAAGAGUCGCAAAUCUCAUACAGUAAUCUCCAAGCUCAUGAACUGCGAACGCCCAUGCACCAAAUUUUGGCCAUCACUCAAUUGCUUCGUGCAUCGAUGAAUGAUCUAGCGGAAACUCCAGCAGCUACUGGCAAACCAGUAUGCAUCCAACAGAUUCGAGAUCUAUUACCAUACCUUGACGCCAUCGAUACUUCUGGUAAAACAUUACAUGGCAUUGUCGACAAUAUCCUGUCCUUCCUUGACCUCAAAGCGAAAGACGCCGUGCGUGGUGAUUCCCCCACCUUGCUCAAUUCCCCCUCUGGACCGAUCAAAUCAUUGCAGGUCAUGAUGGAAGAAGUCAUUCAUGAUGCUGCGGACGAAGAUCGACGAGCACGGCGGGCUAAUGGGCAACCGGCCAGUAACGUGGAGACAAUAUUCGAAAUCAUUCCUCUUGGUCUUGGUGAUGAACUCACCGAGGAUACCGGUGGAGCACUUCGUCGUGCCCUUAGCAAACUUCUUACCAACGCGUACAAAUUCAUCGAAGGAGCCGGCUGUGUGGAGAUUUAUGUCGAUUAUGUGAACAAUUGCGAAACACCAGAAGGCUACGAAGAGCUGUCAGCGACCAAGAACAUCGGUAUCAAAAUCGUAGACACCGGUCGUGGGAUGGAUGAAGAAUUCGUUCGUCAAAAGUUAGGUGAACCAUGGGCUAAAGAAGAUUCUUUCGCCACUGGUUCGGGUCUCAGUGUUCAUCUCGCUUGGAGAAUCAUCGAUCUUUUAGGUGGCCACAUGGAAAUUUCUUCCAGUCCAGGUAAAGGUACCAUGGUACAGAUAGAAGUACCUGUACCCCGAUUCAAUUCUUCGAUCUCUUCUACACCUUCUAACUCUCCUCAUCCCACUCAACAGACUUUCAAACUGGAACAUCCUUUCACCGGUCGUAAAGUCGCUUUAGUCGGAUUCGACACUCCUGAUUCUUGUCCAUGGGGUUUACCUCGUGUAGGUGCUUCACUCUUUCGACAAUACACAAAACUUGGAUGUAUCAUAACCGACCUAUCAUCUGCCGAUCUUGUCAUCGUAGACGGUAGAAAAGAAGAAUUACCAGGGUUCGCCGAUACAUUAUCUGAAAUACAUACAACCGACGUUGUCAUCUUAGUUGGAACAGAUCAUGAACCACAUCCUUCAGCCGUUACUGCAGCUAGAUCUUUACAUAAACAUAUACGUCGAUUACAUAAACCUGCCACUCCAUCAAUCAUACGUGAAACUUUACUUCCAACACCUUCAAGACUAGCUGUAGAACAUCGUACCAACCCAUCAUUAGAUUCUGAUAUUAUUUCACCUAGUCCAAUCACUCAAAGAUUAAGAGCUCAUUUCGCUACCUCCGCAUCUGAUUCAUCUACAAGUCCUAAAUGUAGUUUCGUACAUGAUUUAGUGCAAGGUUUAGGAUUAAAUUGGAAACCUAAAGGUAUCACUAUAGAAGAAGCAGUUGCGAAUCUUUCACUUGGUGAUUACUUUUCUUCUAGACGUAGACCUACUACUCCGAGUACUAGUACACCUUCGACAAUAGGGACAGAAGAUACUACAGAGACGAAUGGAACGACGGAAACUGCAGAUACUGAACAUAGUCAUUUAGGUGAAGAAACGGAUUUAACUUCACCGGAAACUUUAGUCGAACCGGAGGUUAUAAAAGUUUUGGUGGUGGAAGAUAAUAGGAUAAAUAGGAAGAUUUUAGUAAAGAUUUUAUCUACGAAAUUGGCGAUCGAAGUGGUCGAAGCGGAAGAUGGAUUGGCAGCUUUAGAAUUGUUCAAGACUUUUACUUCUCCUUCCAUUAUUUUGAUGGAUAUCAACAUGCCAAAGAUGGACGGUUAUACAGCCGCUCUUGAAAUGCGUCUUCUUGAGAAAUCUUCACCUUCAAGAGGAAGAUCAAAGAUUAUCGCCGUCACUGCUCUGGCCAGUGAUGCAGAGAAGAAACAUGGGUUGGUGGAGAGUGGAAUGGAUUUAUGGUUGACUAAACCUUGUGAUAAAGCUACUAUCACCCGAGUGGUUGAUGAAGCUAGGAAAGAGUUGUUGGGUGUUGAAUGA